AUGGCGCUGCUCGCAUCGGGCAACGUUAGCGCGGCGUACAUUCCGGAUCGGGAUGAGAGGGGCGGGUUUAACUUCGACAAUGUCGCGAGGAACGAGAUGAUGUCCCAGAACGGCCUCAAGUUCAAGGCUGCGAUGAAGACGGGCACGACAAUCACAGGCGUGUGCUUCAAGGGUGGCGUGGUCUUGGGCGCGGACACUCGAUCGACCAACGGGGAGACCGUGGCGGACAAGAACUGCGAGAAGAUCCACUAUAUCGCGCCCAACAUAUACUGCUGCGGCGCCGGAACCGCCGCGGACACCGAAGCCGUCACCGGCAUGAUCGCAUCCGCGCUGGAGCUCCACCGGCUGGCCACCAAGCGCAAAUCCCGCGUCGUCACCGCGCUCACCAUGCUCAAGUCGCACCUGUUCAAGUACCAGGGUCACGUGGGCGCCGCGCUGGUGCUCGGCGGCGUGGAUAUCAACGGCCCGCACCUCUUCAGCGUUCACCCGCACGGCAGCAGCGAUUCCCUGCCCUUCGCCACCAUGGGUUCCGGUUCCCUCGCGGCGAUGGCGGUCUUCGAGGCGGACUUUAAGGAGGACAUGACCGAGGAGGAGGCGAAGGAGAUCGUGGCUCGUUCGAUCCGAGCGGGCAUCUUCAACGACCUCGGAUCCGGCAGCAACGUCGACCUGUGCGUCAUCACCGCGGAUAAGGUGGACUACCUCCGAAACUACGAGUGCCCCAACGAGCGCACGUACGUCAGGAGCAAGGGGUACGAUUUCCCGCCCGGGACGACGGUGCUGAACAGGCGGAACUUCAUGACGGCGACGGCGGCGACGCUGCCGGUGAAUCAGAUCGUGGACAUCAUCGACGGGGCGCCCGAGGACGUGGCAUCGGGGGACGCGAUGCAGACCGAUUGA